AUGAUGUUCGAAAAAGCCCAAAUUCGAGCAGCGGAGAAUGGAUUAGAUCCAACUAAAAUGGCGAGGGCUCAAGGAUUGAACCGGAGAGGACAGUGGCCCGGUGGAGUUGUCCCUUUCACCAUUCAUUCAAGUGCAAGUAUGAUAUUAGUAGAGAAAAGCGAAAUAUACUUGGCACUUUAAUUUUCCAAGAGAGGGGAAGAGUCGCUGAGGUUUAUUGUUCAUAUCUAAUUGUUUUGAGUGAAGAACCUACUACUAGGGGUACUCUUUAUAAAUUCCUAUACAAGGGGGUCCUUUUUCAGGCUUCAGGUAUAUCAAAGGGUACAGACUUCGCAAGUUGACGUGUUUGAAAGACUAGGAAAAUCUGUCAUUUUGAUAUUUAAAAGGGCGUUUUGCUAAAAUAUUUCCAACUGACGCACCAUAUUCUCCCCUGUUUUAUUCCAGGGGUUUAGAAAGGGUACUCAAAAAGGACAUUAAUAACAGCGGUUUUGUCAUUAAUGUCUAUAUUUUUGUCUUGGAUAACACAGCAGGUUUUGGCUGUCGUCAUUUUCUAUAAAAAAGUGUUCAAAAAGGCAUCGUUUUUAAAUGGUAGCUUAACCACAGAGGUACCUUUUCUGUUACAAAAUGGUAUAUUUAACAAUUAUUCCUCGAGCCCGAAUGGGCUCUGAGUCAAUAGCCUAUGAGGCCGAAGGCCGAAUUGAAGGUCGAAUGGACUAUUGACUCAGCCAGGCCAUGAGGGCGAGAGGAAUAAUUGUUUUAGUAAAAUCCAACUACUUGGUCAAAAAUAUCGAGGCAAAACAACUUUAGCUAGCAAAACGCGAUUCAGCCGCCAUUGUUUUGGUUUUCAAAGCCGGCGCUUUUCGCUAUUAGUGGGCUAUAACAUAUUGCCUAGUAGUAGCUCAACCAAUCAGAACGCAGCAUUGGUAAUGGACAACUAGUUGGAUUUUUAUAAAAAAAAUAAGGGAUUGGAUGUCUAGCUGGAGCCUCCUCGUUAAACACUUUCAUCAGUAUACCCGGGCGGGGGUUAGAAACUUUAGAAAAUUAUGUUCUUGGGCAAACGAUUACUGUCGUGAAUUAGAUAAAUGAUCUCCCAGCUUUUACCUUUUGUAAUUAAUUUAACUUUGUACUUGAUGUUUUUCUCUUUUGGUACUGCAUCGUCAAACGACAUCCCUAUUAUCACAAUACUUUCAAGAUCCACCUCCUCAGUACAAUUUCGACACAAUAAAACUUUUGUACCUAACGGAUUUUUUUUCCUGUCACAAAAGAGGCCAAAAUUGGGAACUUAGUUUAUCACUCCAUUAACUAACUUUAAACUGAAACUGAAAUCAUAUUCUAAGCAGGGAUGCAUGUUAGUCAUCAAUGCAUUAAAUGAGACUGAUUUCUUUACAAUGUGUAAUUGCUUUUUCCAGAGAACAAGGUUUUGAAUGCACUUGGAAUUAGAGGGCCUACGGAAAGAGCAAUAUAUAGGGGCAUGGAAAAGUGGGAGGAAAACACCUGCAUCAGAUUUGUGCACAGGACUACUCAAAAAGAUUACGUGGAGUUUUCCUGCGGUGAUGGGUAAAUAAUUUUGAGGAAUGUUCAACAGAUUGUAAUUUAAACAUAUCUCGGAUGAAUAACAUCAUCUUCACCCGCUAGCUGGUGUAAUUACAUAAAUUUGCAGUUAAAUAAAUGGCUGAUUACAAUGUGACAAUAAAUGUGUAAAUACAACUAAUGUUGAAAAUUAUUAAGACAAAAUUGAAUAGCACUGAAUAAUCUUAAAUCGCACAUCAUAAAGAAAAGCAGAGACGUUUAUUAAGAUUAUGAACAGCUACUGUAGACACGAGAGCAGGGCAAAUUCAGUAAACUGAAAUCCACUGCCUUCUCAUCACUACAUGUACUAUAUAUCCUCAAACUACUCCCGCUGCUAUUUGAAAAAAUGUUAGUGGGAAAAUCUGUUUCGAUAUCAACGUGUUAACGUUUCUCGGCUGGUUGGGCAGACUUAAAGGUCACUCCGUGUCAGGGAAUUCAAGACAGUCUUGGAUUCUGGAUUCCAUGCUUUUGAUUCCAGUCUUUUUAGUAGAACUUGGAUUCUGGAUUCCAAUCCUUAGUAGGAUUCCGGAUUCCUUGAGCUGAGUAUUCCGGAUUCCAAAGCCCAGGAUUUCGGAUUCAACAAGCAACAAUUUCACGGAUUCCGGAAUCCUGAUUCCCUUACAGGGUCGAUAAAGGGGCUAUGUCACGCUAUUUGCUAUCUUUUUAACAAGCUAAAACUCGUCUUCACGUCAAUUGAAUUCUAAAAAUAAUGCCCCGGUUUUGUUAUUUAAGACUAUAUUUAGAAUUAAAGGCUAUUUCCUGUCGUCUGUUACAACGGAUGACAAGCAUAGACUUGGACUGAAACUUGAGAACGUUUGGCCAACCUUUUCAAGUAUUAACUGAUAUGUCUUUAAAAAUCUCCAAAAUAUUUUUUAUAGUUAGUGCUCCCUGAUGAAAUUUGUUUGCUAUCACCAGUCUUCAUAUACUCUACUGGACCAUUUUUGUAUGGGUUAGUAAAGGCACUAAGUAAAGACUUCAACACAGAACUGACCCAGAAAAGUCCUAAAACAGUAACAUUCUAGUGCUCCUUUAUCCCUCUUCUCUUAACCCAAAACACAAACUUAGUUCAGUUAUGGCCGUGUACGAAUCGAAAGAGACUGCGUUUUGGGUCUUUCAGGAGAAGUUCUGCUAUCUAUUUUUACCAGUAAAAAUGGGUUUAUCGAUUGAAAGAGAUUUUUAAAUCCCUCAAUUUUUUGCAGCCGCUGGUCCUACGUAGGCUGUCAGAACAGUGGGAAGCAGAUAGUUUCUGUUGGAAAGUUUUGUUUCUUCCAAGGCAUUGUUGUCCACGAGAUUGGUCAUACUUUAGGUACAAGUGUUUACUUUGUUGUUUACUUUCAAAGAUAUUUAUUUUUAUUUUAUUUUAUUUUUAUUUUAUUUAUUCCUCCAAUUCCUAGCUGAUACAUAGUUAUGUAAAUAUAACUGAGAAAAAUAAUGUAGUAACAGAUAAAGAUUUACAAAGGAAAUAAACGCGUAAAAUAGAAAUUACAACACUUAAAUUGAAUUACAUUGUAUAUUGGAAGGAGAGGAGAUAUCCCACACAGUUGAUGGAUAAAAAUACCGGAGAUCUUCUUCCUGAACAUCCUAAGUGAGACCAAAAUCUGCGAUUUCUUCCCAGAAAGCAAGAGGACGCGCGAGCGGAUCAAAUGGGAGUCCACCAACAUCCGCAUGUCGGAUGAAACAAUAUAUUGGAGUUAAUCCUACUCGUAAAGGAAACCAAUAAUCAGGGCGUAACUCAAGCUCAAUUUUUGUCGCUGACUGUGAGGCGCAGACGUCUCUCAAGCGGCGAGGAGCGAGGCCAAAACGGCUGUUUUGGCAGCCGGGCUACAUGCAGCGUCCAUAGCAGUAUCUGCAUGACGGCAAAUAUUGGCGUUCCGUCCUCCACCCUCCCUCAACCUAAGGGCCCUAAUAUAAUAGCUUUUUUGUUUGUAGCCUGCUAACAUGACCAUUUUGAAAUAAGCAGGUUCGGUUUUUUUUUUAAACAUAAAAUAGGAGGUUUACAUGCAGUUCAUAGUAGUAAAAUCAUACCACAACACGAUUACCACCGAUUACUUCUUUCACAGGAUUCUGGCAUGAACAGAGCCGUCCUGAUCGAGAUGAUUACGUUCUUUUUCAAACAUAAAAUUAAGGACCGGAGGUUUACAGUUCAUACUUAUGUAGUUCUACUUUAAAGUAUUGAGGACAUACCGGGGGAAGUGAAAUCAUACAACAACACAAUUUUCUUCUUUCACAGGAUUAUUGCAUGAAAUGAGCCGUCCUGAUAGAGAUGAAUACGUGGAUAUUGUUUGGAACAACAUCAAAGAAGGUAUUGAUCUUUAUUGAAAGACAGGAAAAUAAUACUGACUUUCAGUGCCUAAGGCAGUGAUUCAUUGUUUCGUAGUAAAAGCAAUCUAACAAUAUUCACCCAGUUAAAAGUAUCGAAAAGUAGACUUAAUGUACCGCGUGGAUGAAUGUUUGAAUUCCUGCCACUUGAAAGACAUCAGUUUCGUCUGUUACGAUGAACCGCUUCAGCCGCCGCUUCUGUUGGUUUCAGGCUCUGGGUGGAAUGGAUGACUUAUCGUGAAGCAUGGAGCAUAAGUGCAUGACUACGAAAAACUUUACAUGAGUGACGAGGGUGGGCCUAGGGGGAGGGGGAGGUGACUCUAUUGCUUUCCACCUUCAUUUCAGUGUUGACCCACUCCGCCUGCCAGUGUGACGUCCGCAUAGAAACGGGCAAGAGCCUCGGAUCGCUUGUGCAAAUUAACAAGGGAUACGACAGCUGUUAGGACGAGCGAGGUCGAGGAAAAGCUAAGAGGCUAGCAAAUAUCGUCAAAUAUCGCGAUCGCAAGUGUGUGAGCUUUGUUGUUGCUAUAAUCUAUUUGUGUAAACCGUCCGUAAUUGUAUAAUUUUGUUAAUUUGUUUUGCGGGCCGUGUUGCGGGAUCACCAUCUUUUUCACUGGACCAGCAAGUUCAUAAAAACUUAAGCCUUUUUCUCUAAAAUAGGCAAGGUCUAAUGUCCAGAAUAGGAGGUUCCAUUCACAGAUCACACAUGUUUAUUUUUCAUCUUUUCUUAACUUCAUAUCAAUCCUUUCGAGUGUGCCUCUGUUGAUUUCCUAAUUCGCCACCAAAUUCAGUAAAGCUAGUUUGAUGGAUUAUCUACAUCGAUCGGCCCGUUGAACCGGAAAUAAUGCGAAAUAGCUUUGAAACACGCGCUUAAGCUAAUUUUCCUCAAAUGUAUAUUUGAAUUUAUGGUAAAUACAGCUCCACCAGCUUCAAAAAUCGUCUAUGGCCGAAAAAAAUGGUUUUGAUACAACCAAAUUAAUUUUUCAAAUCGUGUGUGUGUGGCAGUUUGGUGCAAUGGUCAAGCAGCUGCUUGCACCUGCAGGCGAACCGGGUUCGACUCCCGGCGACGAUAUUUUCUGUUUCUUCAGUUUGUAUCAUUUUUUUUUCUGUUUAGGCUUUGUUUUUAAGUCCUAUUUUUCCUUUUGGCCUGUUUUUCUUUAUUCGUAGUGCUAACCCUACUGAUCAUACACUUGGAUCAAUAUAUAUAUUAAACUUUACUCCGGAGUUAUAUUUUAGAAAAGGGACUAAUAAAGCUAGUACAACACAAACUUUUCUAAUUUAUACCCAACAACCACUGGCGAAAUGAAACUUGCCUCUUGUUCAUCGUCUUAAUCAUAACAAUAUUAUUACCCUAAAAUCUCCACUGGGUUUACCCGAAAACAAUAAUCAAACGAACCCUUUUAUUAGUGUUCGGGAUUUAAUUACAGAAUUAUAGGUGUAUGUCCAGUACAGUAUUGAAAUACGGCAAAGCAACAAGAUUCAGUGCUCACAGUCUCUCACAAAUACCCGUCAUUUAGCUUCUUCUUUCAACGCUACCAGCUAAGCGAACUUUGAAAGGAUUGAUAUGGAGUUCCACUAGCUCUGAGGAGCUGAAAAUACGCCCAAUUGAAAGUACUAAUAUAUCAUUUGAUGAACUUUCUAUUGCUGUGUCAACAUUCUUUCAUCUUGCUGUGCACCGGCCCUCAAAAGUGUGACCGGUCGGUCAACGAUUGCCCCUAAAAUUUGCUCGACGAUAGAAAGAAAUCUUAAAAAUUCAUUACACCACUGGACGUUUUAAUCCCAAAUCUUAAAUCUUAAAAUCUCCAGAUCCAAGAAAUCGGAACAGUAUUUCCGUGAUAAAUUCGAAAUUUUUAUCCGUCUCUUCGAUGAACACUUUGCUCGCCAUUUUGAAAGUCAACGACUCGAGACGUGACGUCAUACUGGCAGGCGGAAUGAACCACCGGUUUUCUUUGGAGACACCUCCCCCGCCUUGGUUUUACCAAUUAAUCAAUCUUUUCCCUGUGGCCUUUCUCUUGGAAUCCACAAAAGAAGAGCGCUCGAGACGAGGUUGAUCAAUGUAUCGAAAAAGGGAAUAUCUGCAGCUGUUUACCACUAAUAAUUUACAAUUACCGCAAAUGAAUAGAACCUCCAUGUAAAUACAUUACAUUUGUCUUGUCUGUACCCUCAGAACAAUGGUACAAUUUUAAGAAGUAUGGCCAUGGAUAUAUUCACAGCCUGGGACUUCCCUACGACUACGAAUCUAUCAUGCAUUACGGGAAGCGAGAAUUUGCGAAGUGGCCAUGGCAAACUACCAUACGACCCAAGAAAACAGGGGUGUCCAUUGGCCAACGACGUCACCUCAGUCCACACGAUGUUGAGAAGGUGAAUCGUUAUUACAGCUGCGAGAAAUAA